AUAAUGCACUCCCCGAUCAUCAGCGGGAAACCAAAAUGGCGAACGUGCUUGGGGAAAAUGAACCGUUUGUUAUCUUCUGAAGAAGGCCAGAGCCCCGCAAGUUUCCGCGAUAUACUUUUGAAAUAGAUUCAACUGCAGAAGAAGCGGGAUAACAGCGGUCCUUCCCAUUUAGUUUUUUUGUUUUGUUGUACGAGUAAUUUGUUGAAGAAGCGGAGGUGACCGAAUGAGAGACUCAGGGGUUGUGGAUCACCUGUCUGUCCAUCACAGAGCUCUCCCCCAGCGGCAGCAGCAGGCUGUGUCCUUGUCCCCCUCAAGCCUUUCUGCUAGGGGAGAGUAUGGAGAGGACGACAUGUCUGACAGGUUCACAGAGGGACAGGACGUCUUAGCCCGGUGGUCGGAUGGCUUGUUCUACUUGGGGACAAUCACCAAGAUUGAUCGGGACAAGCAUCGAUGCUUUGUGGUUUUUGAGGAUCGGUCAAAGUCCUGGGUUCUGUGGAAGGAUAUCCAGACAGGGGAUGAAGAUGGUGAAGAUGAUGAGGACGAUGACAUUGUGUGCUCAAUAUGCCAGGUUGAAACUUCAGAUGAACCCAAUGAAAUUGUCAUUUGUGACAAGUGUGGACAAGGCUACCAUCAGCUGUGCCACACCCCCGUCAUUGAUGCCUCUGUCAUUGACUCUGAUGACAAGUGGCUCUGCUCAGAGUGUGUGCUAACUUCUAUACCUAAGAGGGGGGGUGCACAUAUGAGGGGAGCGUCCGCUAAAGGCUUUCUGCAGCAGCAGCAGCAGCAGCAGCAGAAGAAGAAUAAUAUAGAGCUGCACAUGUCCCUCCCAUACGUUUUGGACGAACUGGUUUGGAACCAGGGCCACAAGACUAAUAUCCAGCAGUGCUACUGCUACUGUGGAGGUCCAGGAGAUUGGUACCUGAAGAUGCUGCAGUGUAAUGAGUGUGAGCAGUGGUUCCAUGAGGCGUGUCUACAAUGCUUACAGAUGCCCAUGCUCUAUGGAGAUAGGUUUUACCUGUUUAUUUGUUCCGUUUGCAAUGGUGGACCAGAGUUCCUCAGCCGACUGCCUCUUAGAUGGGAGGAUGUCACACACCUGAGCCUGUACAACUUGAGUGUGAUCCACAAGAAGAAGUACUUUGACUCUGAGAUGGACCUGAUGUCUUACAUCAAUGAUACCUGGGAGCUGCUGCAGCUGGGGGAGCUCGCCAACACUCCCAGAUCAGAGCGAUAUCAAUGUGUUCUGGAAGCCUUAAACAACAACAGCAGCAUGUUCAUGUCAGGCAAGGAAGUUAAGAAAAAGAAGCACUUGUUUGGACUGAGGAUUCGUUUCCCCCCUGCUCCACCCAACUCUGAUGAGCCAACCAGCAGAAUUAUGGAGAGGGCUUCACAUGAGAUCACUAUCAAAGGAUGCAAGUCCACCAAGGCUCUGUCUGGCAUGAGAGCUUGCAGUACUUUGACCAAUGGCACAGAGAAGAAGAAAAAGAAGAAGAAAAAGAGGAAGCAAGGAGCACAUUCUCUGGAGACUCUGACUAAACCACAACACAGUGAACUCUUAUCCCAGGAAGUAAGAAAGACUUUACCACUGGAGCUCCACACAUUGGAUCACUUAACCUCUAUCAAGACUGAGAGGUCUCUGCUGUCUUCAGAUGUGGAAUCAAUAGGAGCCCUGAGCACCACAGACACUACCUCAACUAGCAUUUCAAGACAGUCCAGUCUCUGUAGCUCCAGCAAGACCCGCACGACCACCUGCAUCAUGCCUGUUUCCGCUCCACCCUUGAAAAGGAAACGUGGGCGGCCACGACGGGCCCUGCAGCCCCCCAACCUGAAGAUCCCCCCUCCUAGCCAUGCAGAGCCAAACCUCUCAGCAACGGAGAUGCUGAGCCCACUCCCAGGGCUUCACUCCACAGACAUAGUUCACGGCAUGGACCCCAACAGCCAGCUCUCCCACCUCAAGAGCUCCAUCAGCAGCUAUUUCGGAGCAGCAGGGCGGCUGGCGUGCGGGGAAAAGUACAAAGUCCUGGCACGACGGGUCACCCUUGAUGGCAACGUGCAGUACCUGGUGGAGUGGGAAGGAGUCACUGCCUCCUAGACUUGUCAGUGUCUCCAUCCCUUGUAACUAGUAACCAGCGCCCGCAGGAUGUUUCUGGCUGUGCUAAGGACAUGCGCUCAGAGCAUUAAAUGAUUUUUGCCUUGGUUUAGUUUAGACUAGACAGGAGCAGGUAUUGCCUGUUAAGCGUACUGCAAAGCCUACUGGUCCAGUGCAUAUUUAAACGCGUCUUUUCCUCGUGUUUAAAGAUUACAAUUCAUUGAUAAAGAUGAGGCAUUGUCAUUAUACCACACCCUAUGUGUUAUUAUGCUUUUAACUUCCGUUUACGUUAACAACAACCCCUAUUUAUUCAGGGGGAAACAAGUGAUUAGCGCACUGCAACUGUAGGCUUUCAGUGAAUCGUUAUUGUACCUCAGUUUUAAUCCAGUGAUGUGCUUUUCAUUUCCUGACCAGUUAAUCAUGAAACUGUAAGCUUUUUUGACAGAAUGUAGUUGGUCAGGCAUUAAAUGGUAAAUCUUGGAUGAUAAGAGAAAAGGGGGACACAAGUUUUUUUUAUUUUUUAUUAUAUAAAUAUAUAUUUCACAUCUACAUUCAAUGGACAAUUGUUUAUCAUUUAUUUUCUUUCCAAUGUGGUAAAUAAAUGUGUCCCCUCCUUCUCUAGACCCAGCUAUGAGUACUUCUUGUUGCCUCGGGCAGACAUCUCCUUUAGUUUUUUUUUUUUUGUUUUGUUCGUUUGUGAGCAGUUCAGGAGAAACUCAAAACAAAAGCGAUGUGCUGCUGCAAGUGUUUCAUUUUAAAUACAAUUAUGCUACAUUUAUUACCACCCCCUUGUACUUUCUCAUAUUCCUUUUUUUCUGUUAAGCAUUUUCUUUUCUUUUUAAUUAUGAUUGAAUGUAUCUCAUUUGGAACCGAUAAUUGGAGAUUUUUAGCUCCUACAAUGCAGCAUUUUCACCCAUGGUAAAGUUCUUAAAUCCCUUUUUUAUGUUGGCUAUAGAUCCCAGUUUAAAAUUAAAUGUGAGAUUAUGAAAAAUGCCAUCCUCAUAAGAAGUUUGUUUUUCUAGUAGUUUUAUUUUUUGAAAGCUCCACCGCCUUCAAUCUAAAUGCAUAGCCUUAAACACCUGAUUUGAAAUUGAUUAAAAUAACUGUUGACUGAAAUCCUUAAGGACCUAUUUAGUUUUUACUUUAUGUAAUGUGAUGGUUAUUAAAAUAAAGUGCUGCAUAAGAUGAAUGUUGUAUACCCAGUUACCAUAAUUAAGAUUUUUUUUUUUUCUGUUCUGCCUAUGCAAGUUAGUCCUGGAUAAACGUGUUGUUCAGUCAUGUAAUUGGACCAUGCGGCUUGAUAAAGGGGAGCUUCAGCAUUAUUCUUGUGAUGAUUGGAAUCAGUCAUUAAUUUGUCUGUGUGAUGGGUGCAAAAAUGUACUUGGCCUUUUGCUUUUACGGUCCAGUUCACCUUGUAGUCUAACCACUCAGGAUAUGCCCUAACACAUCACUGCAUUGGAUAGAGCUGCAUUUGGAGCGUGACGUUUAGAUAUAAGUUAUUCACUCAGUGUUGGCGAUCAGUAUUUUUAUAUCCGGUCCUCCCAUUGUCACAUUACUUAGGACCAUAUGUAUGUACUGUGUGUAAGUUUCCUUUUUUACGAGAAAAAUAUUUUGUAUUCCAUUUUACUGCUACACUUGCUUGUUUAAUCUGAGUCAGAAAACAAUCACUGGAAAACUAAUUUGCUCUGUCAUUGCAUGAGGUAAAUAUUCAGUUAGUUCGGCUGUCUAUUUUUUGAGAUGUUUCUAUUUUUUGUUAAAAUGGACAGCUUUUUGACAUUGAUACCUCUUCAUUAUACAGAUGUAGUCAGUUGAAGCUUCUCUCCUCAGCCAGUGUCUCAGCCUACAUGUCGCUACCACUGGCUUCCAGCAGGCUUCUGUAGCCAAAGAACAUAACUGUAACGUCUGUCUUGUCCUUUUGAGAUUCUUCUUUAUAACAUUUUUAUACAUCAUUAUAUAGGUUGACAUGUAACUUCUGAACCUGUUUUAGUUAAAGGAUAAAUAAAAGCCAAUAUUUUGAACCGUU